UAGACUAUUGCUCCUCUGGUGCCCCCGCCCCCACAAACCCUAGAUUUUGAACGCACGAGACCUUCUCGCCAUGGUCAUCCCCACUUCCAGAUAACGGAAUAGCUUCUUUCAGAUACUGCCCCCUCCGGUGCCGACAUUCGAUACUCCUUUGCGGCCACUUUCAGGAGUUCUCGUCAACCUCAGUCCACUACCGGCAUGCACGCUGGAACCGAAGGCCUCGAUCCCGGGGGAAGUGGGACCUCGAAACUGAGUACCUAUAGCCUUACCUUCGUAACAGGACAGCCUGCCCAGCAGAUGAGCUAACAAUGGCUCCCGGUGAAUAGGUCGGGCUGCGAUUACCGUUGCUGGCACAGCUUCUCUUGUAGCUACAUUGCUAUCUUGCUUGUAAUCCUCCUGACCCUUAAAACAGUUAUAGACAAGACUAAUUAUUCCGCCCGCAAUUUGCCUUGGAUAGCUCAAUAUGGCUUCAGCUGUACAGUAGCCAUUACCCUGCUGUUCCUACUCCCCAGCUAACCAUCACUAUAGGAAAAACUACCGGAAGCCCCUCCUACAGCGUUACGUCGUGCGUGUUCUUCUCAUGGUCCCGAUCUACGCUAUAUCCUCCUGGGUAUCACUUAUUUCACUCAAGGUCGCUUUCUUUGUUGACCCAAUCCGUGACGUAUACGAGGCUUUUACGAUCUACACCUUCUUCCAGCUACUCAUCAAUUUCUUGGGCGGGGAGCGAUCGCUGAUCAUCAUGAUGCAUGGGCGAGCACCGAUAGAACAUCUUUGGCCAAUGAACUAUAUCUUGCCCAAGGUCGAUAUCAGUGACCCGCAUACCUUUCUGGCAGUGAAACGGGGUAUUUUGCAGUAUGCCUGGAUGAAACCUGUCCUCGCGCUCGCCUCCAUCGUCAUGAAGGCGACAGGGACAUAUCAGGAGGGCUACGUAGGCCUCAAAAGUGGCUACUUUUGGAGCGGAAUCAUUUAUAAUCUGUCCGUUACUCUCAGUCUUUACUCGUUGGGCAUGUUCUGGGUAUGUAUGUCUCGGGAUUUGCAGCCGUUUAGACCGGUUCCUAAGGUAAAAGCUUUCUUGGCCCAUUGACUGUAGCACUCGCCGAUUGCUUACACUUAUACUCCAAUCAGUUCCUUUGUGUAAAGCUUAUUAUCUUUGCGUCUUAUUGGCAAGGAUUCUUCCUAUCCAUCCUCGUGUGGUUAGGGGUGAUUCAUGAUGUUGGAUACUACACUCCUGACAAUAUUGCCCGUGCAAUCCAAGAUGUCUUGAUAUGUUUUGAACUCCCAGGGUUUGCUAUAGCUCACUGGUAUGCGUUUUCAUGGAAAGAUUACGCGGAUCACACAAUCUCGGCUGCCAGGCUCACCGUCUACUUUGCCUUCCGUGACGCAUUUGGCAUUCGUGAUCUCAUCGAAGAUUCGAAAGCCACUUUUGGCGGUAAAGGGUAUGAAUACCGCCUCUUUGACCCCGGUGAAAACGUAUUGGCACAUCCAGAAUCCGGUGCACGAGUGGCAAGAAUGAUGGAUGGUCUUAGGUACGAAAGAGGCGGCAAGGGCAAGUAUUGGAUCCCUAAGCCCACGGCCAGAACCGGUUUGCUUGGCGCCCCUGGCCCGAGCGAUCGCUCGAGGAGUAUCAGUGCCGGGGAAGUAGAGCGAGGGGAUAACAGGAAGUGGAGAGGAGGAGACUAUGGUGCACUCCAAGAAACAGAGAUUGACGAAGAUGAUGAGAACCUCUAUGAUGCUGCAAGGAAACUGGAAUAUGGCGACUAUAACGUACAUAUUAAUCCCUACCCUUUCACUCCACGCUUACGUCACUAAAACCCCGGUUCAUCUAGUAUCCGGUAAUCACUGCGCAUGAGCCAUGGAGAAACCAUCGUUGCCGUUAUACGCCUUUCCCUUCUGGCCCAGCCGUCACAACGACCGCAACGAAUCAAGUUCUGUUACGGCCGAAAUUGAACACCAGAGGUCCGAAACACCAUUCUGGAAAAGGGAAAGGUGUUGAGUCUCCAUCAAAAGCCCCUUUGUUGAACCGUAACAAAUCGGCAUCAUCCUCUUCCACAAACUUUUCCGAUAGAAGCGGACUAGUGGAUUUGGUAGUGGAAGACACGGAGGCUGAAGAAAUUGAAAGAGUAAGGGCAAGGAAAGAAGGAGGUCCAGGCUGGAACGAGACCGAACAAAAGAGAUAUGUCAGGGUAUAUCCAGACGAGCAUAUGGGCGAGGAGAUAAGAGAGGGCUUCGCCCCCCACAAUACCUCAAUGACUGGCCUGGAAAAAAGUGAUAAAAGGAAGGACAGGCUUGAAAUCGGAGACGACGAGGACGAAGAGGAGGAAGCUAGUGCGAGAGAGGACAGAGGCUUCAGAGCCGAAUUGCCGGAUGAGGGGCAGGGUGUAUGGAAAGAUAGUAAUAUUGGUGGAGAUGCUGUGUCCCGGAGCUACGGGAGCAUGCGAGAGGAGAGAAAUAUAUGGGGGCGACCCGACUGGAGGGGGGGGGGGGGGGAUUCGGUGGGUAUAUAUUUCGCUUAG